GGGAACGCCCAGGAUGCAUGACUCUGAAUCUGUUGACUGAGGAUAAAUGGCCCCGGCUGCCGCAGGUGCAAUGCUACGCUUUCCGGACUUGCGAGAAGUCAGGUGGCACGCGGAGAUUGGACCCGCGGUCCCUACUGUGGUGUCGCCGGGCUGAUCACGAAGGACCCCGCUUGUCUGUUUCCGCCGCCGUCCCCAGCUACUACCCCAGACAGGUGAUACUUCAAUACCUGUGUUUUGGACACUGUUCACAAUGGAGUUUCCUGACUUGGGGAAGCACUGCUCAGAACCGACUUGCAAGCAACUAGAUUUUCUGCCAAUAACAUGUGACGCAUGUAAAGAAGAUUUCUGUAAAGACCAUUUUUCCUAUUGGAGUCAUAAGUGUCCCUUUGCAUUCAAGAAGGAUGUGCAGGUGCCCGUGUGUCCCCUCUGCAAUGUCCCCAUCCCUGUGAAAAGAGGUGAGAUCCCAGAUGUGGUGGUUGGAGAGCACAUGGACAGAGAUUGCACCUUUCACCCUGGGAGGAACCAAAAGGUUUUCACACACCGGUGCUCGAAACCGGGAUGCAGGAAGAAGGAGAUGCUGCCGCUGGCCUGUGCACAGUGCCGUGGCAACUUCUGCAUUCAGCACAGGCAUCCUCUGGACCACAGCUGCCAGGCUGAGAGCAGCGCCACCAGCCGGGGGAGGCCUUCAGCAUCCAGAGCUCCUGAGCAGAGGCCAUCGGGAAUCAGCUGGCUGGCCCAGCAACUCAGGCGGACGGUGAAGUGAUGACAGGGCUCCUGUCUGGGCCUCACACCAGCUCCUUCCUCUUGGGUUUUAACCUUCGUGGUGUGGCCUCCAGUGCUUUCCUGAUUCUCCUGGUAGACUGAGUCUUCAUGGAAAAGUCUCCCACUGACUGUUCAAGUUAGGGCAGGAGAUGGCUCAGUGGGUUCUGUGCUUGCCUCACAAGAUGAGGACCUGGUUUAUUCCAGAGUCCAUGGUUUUGGUUUUGUUUGUUUGUUUGUUUGUUUGUUUGUUUUGUGGUGGUGGU